UUUAGCGACGGAAGGUGAAGUGAGGCUCGAGGAAGAAGACGGCGAGCGGACCGGGCGGGCGCUAUGGAGGAACCACAGCGCCGGCGGCGGAGGAAGCGGAGCCCCCGCGGAAGCCGCUCGCCAGAGGCCGCCAAGCUGGCUUCCAAGAAGAAGAGCAAGUCCUCGGCUAAAAGAAGCAAGAGAAGCCGGAGCCCACGUCCCGUGAUAGGCAAAGUGAAGCAGGAGCGACAGGAUCAUCCCCGAAGAGGGCAUGAAGAACGUCAGCAUCGGGAUCAUUCUGAAUUGGAGCACAGGUCGGGGAGAAGCGGAGAUAGAGAGAGACACCGGGACCAUUCAAGCCGACGGAAACCCCAUAGAGAACGUCCUGGGAGCCAUGAAAGGGAAGCUGAUCAUCUCCACGAGCAGCAGGCGCAGAGAGAGUUGUAUAAUGAACGACGGCGAGAACAUCGUCAGCAGAUGGAAGUAAGUGGUGAUGAGGAGAAUCGAAACGCGGGAAGGCCUGGUAGCAAGAACACAGAAAAAGAACCAGUGAAUAAAGAAAAACCAAGCUUCGAACUGUCUGGUGCGCUUUUGGAGGACUCCAACACCUUCCGUGGAGUGGUGAUCAAAUACACUGAGCCCCCUGAAGCACGUAUUCCAAAGAAGCGGUGGCGUCUGUAUCCUUUUAAGAAUGAUGAGGUUCUUCCGGUCAUGUACAUUCACAGGCAGAGUGCCUAUCUGCUGGGCAGACACAGACGCAUUGCUGAUAUUCCCAUUGACCAUCCUUCCUGUUCUAAACAGCAUGCUGUCUUUCAGUACCGGCUCGUGGAGUAUACUCGCCCUGACGGCACAGCAGGUCGGAAGGUAAAGCCCUACAUCAUUGAUCUUGGCUCAGGCAACGGUACAUUUCUGAACAACCAGCGCAUUGAGCCUCAGCGCUACUAUGAACUGAAAGAGAAGGAUGUCCUGAAAUUUGGGUUUAGCAGCAGAGAGUAUGUCCUUCUACAUGAAUCAUCAGACACCUCGGAGGUGGACCAGAAGAAGGAGGAAGAUGAGGAGGAAGAUGAAGAAUCGACAUGACAAUAGGUUGGAAAGGUGGACUGAACUUUUUUCCUGCGGCGGAGCUCGCAUCCUCAUUGUGAUGCUGGAGUCUUGCUGCUCUUCUGUCUUUCACUGCCUUAAAGUCUGCUGUCUCUUGACUUUCUUUUGGGAGCUCCUCAUGCACAUGUGGCUUUUGUGGUGCUGGACUUUGGGUAGUAAAGAAAACCACUGCUUUUAAGGUGGCACUUGUUAAAAGGUGUUUUUGAUGUCCACGUGGUCUGGCAGCUCUUCAAUGAAUGAUUUUAAAAUAAAACUUAAGCAACAAACCCUUAUGUACAGCAGAGCUGCUGCUUCUUUCUGUUCCCCAAAGCCCCAAAUAACUAAUGCGUUUUUUCUUUUUCUUCCGAACUGUUAAAAAAAAACACAUGCUACUUAUUUUUUUAAGUAGGGUCAUAACGAAGAGAGCCAGAUGUUGUUCUGUAAUGUUUAUGGUUGUUUGAUUUAUUCAUAUGCUAAAGUUAGGUGUUUGUCUGUAUUUUUAUGCUCUGUAUAGGCAAUUGGUAUCAGGAUAAGUUUUCAAGAAUUGAGUUUGCAGAUCCCGGGCACUGCUGUGUAUGUAUUAAGUGUCCUGUCAUAGUCUCUCUGGAUUUUUAUCGUCAAAGUUGAAGGGGUUUGAGCUGGUUUCUGAGACUCCUGUUCAGUUUAUGGACAUCAGAUAGGAUGGUGAGUAUUUUCCAGCAAAACAUUGAUAGUAGAUUCCUUUGUUUAUGUUUUUUGGAUGUUAAUUUCUUUGUGUCCAGUUUUAGCAGGAGGCGAAUGGUGUAUUAUGAUCUGGAGACAGGAAGCAAGUUUAUUUCAGUGACUCGUUUUGUGCCCUGAAACCACUCAUUGCACAAAUGCAACUUGAUGUGCUUGGUUAGUAACUUUCCUUGCUACCCACAUUUUCCAAGAGCACUUUCCAUUUGCCUAGACAUGUUGUAUACAUAGGUCCAGAACUAGGAUGUUACAGCGGGUGCAUUUCUUAAAUGACAGCUGAGAGGGACACUUUGAGACAGCAGCAUCUUCUUUACUAUGGUUCCUCUUUUAUUUGAAAUAAAAGAUUUGUAAAUUUAACUUGAA